AUGCGCCGUUUACCGCCGCAGAAUGUCGAGGACAAUUUGAACAAGCUAUUGGACCUUGUCGACCCUGAUUUGGAGGACAAGAUAUUGUCUGCUAUUGACAAACCACUCAAGGUGAAGCGUUGCCCCAAGACUGGCAAGGAUUAUCUUUUAUGCGACUAUAAUCGGGAUGGUGAUUCAUACAGAUCGCCUUGGAGCAAUGAAUAUGAUCCCGAGAUACCAGAUACCGUGCAGCCACCACCUUUUACCCCUUCACCAGCAUUGCGAAAGUUAGAGAUUGCUGCCAAUGAAGCCUUUGAUACCUAUCGCGACAUGUAUUAUGAAGGCGGCAUCUCAUCCGUGUACACAUUUGAAUAUGACGAUGGAUUUGCUGUGGUGGUCCUCAUCAAAAAAGUGGGUGAUGGUGGAAGACGCAUGAACGGUGCGUGGGAUUCAAUUCACGUCUUUGAAGUGCAUGAACGCGGUCGCAAUGCCAACUACAAGUUGACAUCCACGGUGAUGUUGUACAUGAUUACCAAGGGCCAAGAAUUAGGUGAUAUGAACUUGAGUGGUAGCAUGACUCGUCAGGUGGAACAAGAUCAUGCUGUCGACGAUCCUUCAGCGCACGUUGCCAAUAUUGGUCGGAUGGUUGAGGACAUUGAACUCAAGAUGCGUAAUUCCCUUCAAGAAGUCUACUUUGGCAAGACUCAGGACAUUGUCAAUGAUCUUAGAAGCUUGGGGUCCUUGGAAGAGAGCCGGAAACAAGCCGAGAUUCAAAAGGAACUUGCUGGUAGAUUGAUGGAAAGAACUACACGUUAA